CCGUAAACAAAACUAUCCAAUCAGGGAGAAGUCUGCGAAAUCAAUAAACAUUCUCUUAUCGCUGCUGGAUUUGUGAAUCAAACCUGGGACGAAGGCUGCGGUGUAAACAGUAGAGAAAGCUGGAGAGCGCUACAAAUCCCGUUCGAAGACUGCAACAAGUGCCCGCGAGAGCGUAGCACGGUGCUGUCGCGAAAUUGCGUCAUAUUAUUUCUCCCGGAGAGCGAGAUAGAGUUACACUACAGAUAGCUGAGUUGCCAAAACGGUCGUAAAUCCAACCAAAAUGGACCUUGAAUUUUAUGGAGAUUAUGGAGGUGAAUCCAACGAUUGUUUUUACCAAGACAGAAAGCCGAAUAUGAGCACAAAACCGAAGCGGAUCAGCAAGACCUAUGAUGGAGAACUUGGCAAGGAGAUAGAGCGCCUGAACAGCAUGCUGCCCCCAGAGAACGAUGACUGCUGCGUUCCAGGCUCCUUCGGUACCAUGCAGAAGGUUCCCUCCAUGAGCGACCUCUCAGACGAGAGUCUUGAUAUGCCAACCCCCCAGGUUCCUCCUCUGACCCCAGGGACUAACCAGAAGAUGUCCCAAGCGCUGCUGGAGAGCUUUAAGACCUUUGAGAGGGAGCAGCAGAGGCUGAGGAUCACCAAAGACCCCCAGCAGUGGUCGGAGAUCAACAUCUACCAGUGGCUCCAGUGGGCAAUCCGAGAGUUCAACCUAGAGGGCGUGCAAGUACAGAACUUUGCCAAUAUGGUGGGCUCCACACUUUGUGACCUGCCAAAGGAUGAUUUCUUGGCUCUGUGUCCUCCAUUUGUGGGAGAAAUUCUUUGGGAACAUCUGGAGAUCAUGCAAAAAGAAGUUGAACAACAGAGGGCAGCACUGGGCAAUGUACCUGAGAACUUCAGUCAGUCCGUAUUUGAGGAUGGGUUCAUGAACUUAGCACGAGAGCCAGCACAGCAACAGCCACAACAACAGGGACAGCAACCAAUACAGCAACAACAACAACAACAACCUUCACCAGCAGCGACCACAGCGCCCCCUCCCCCUCCCACUUCUGGCUCAGGAUUUGGAGGUGUGUAUGAUAAACAAAAAUCGAUGACAACAGAGAACAUUUGUCAUUAAAAUGCAUCAUAUGGA